CCUCCAACAAUAACAAAACCCGCAGUUAUCUGCCCCUCCUCGUGUUUACAAACUGCGUCGAAAUCUGGAUUGAAAGGAAGUCGGCGACAUCAAAGAGGAAAAUGUAGCGACUUUAAGGGUUUCAGAUCCUGCUAUGUCGCUACAUGGGAUACGCUGAAGGAGCGAUCAAACUGUGGUUUGAUUCUCACCACAUCGAUUUGGAUACCCUUUUUCUCAUACCAUAGCUUUCAUAUCCUGUUCGAUCCCUUCUUCAUCAGCUUAAUUUCCUUGAUUGUGAAAGAACGGAGAUUUAUCCACCAAGCCUGUUUCUCUCCUUCUCUUCGCACCGAUCAAGGAAACGUGUUGUUGAAUUUUUUUUCUCCCUAGGUUCCAAAAUAUAUUUAUACUAUAUAUAUAUAUAUUUGUGGAUUAUUCUAUAAGCAGUUCCGCAGUUUUUCCUUCCAUUUCAUUGCUAACUCAACAAUAUACUUUCCCACACACGCAUAACUACCAACAUUACCAUUAAACAUUCCAACAUGAUCAAUCUGUCCGACUUGCCUUUCUGUCGCGCCUAUAUCAUCAUCCGGGCUGUCCACACUGCCCUUGUUAUUGGAGUACCCCUAGUUUUGAUCACACAAGACACGGAGCUGCGUCGAGCUGUGUACUACUUUGAGCGGCCAAUCUAUGCCAUUUGUUACCUCCUACUGCUGACCUUCUCCCUGGUGAUGUACUUUCUGGCUUGUCUCGUCAACCCGGGCUACAUAGAGACUCCCUGUAAAACCAAACUACCAAUGCUGAAUAACAAUUCCGAUGAGGAGGACAUUUAUGAAGACAGUCAAAUGAUGAACAAGAUCAACAACUACAGACGGUGUGAUUUCUGUGAAGUUCAGCAACCCAUGCGAAGUAAACACUGUGAAGACUGUAGGAAAUGUGUCCGGAAGUAUGACCACCAUUGCCAUUGGCUUGAGACUUGCGUUGGAGAAAGAAAUCACAGAUUUUUUUGGCUGUUUUUGCUUUCAAUAUCUGCUCUCAUUCUUUGGACAAUUUCUAUUACCUGGAAUGCCAUUGUCUACAGACUGGAAUGGCUGGUAUGGUUAAAGACCAAUUCUCUGCUUUUCUGUAAUUUGUUCAUUUUAAUUAUUGCUGCAAUGGCUGUGUUGGGCUUGUUGGGGUUCCAUUCUUAUCUCAUCUCUCAGAACCUCACUACAUGGGAGUUCGUCUCCCAGGAGAGGAUUACCUACCUCAAAUACUUGGAUGACUCUUACAAUCCAUUCAACGAAGGUUGUCCUUGCAAUGUCUAUAACUUUCUCUUUGAUUGGAAAAUCCGCCACUGGGAGGCCCUGUACACCAAGAAAGCCAACAUGCAGAACACGGCUAGUGGUGGCAUCGUGUAACCAAAAAAAAAAAACUGAAAGAAAAUAGAAUAAACAAAAGACAUUUCUACAAUUUUUCCCUCCUUCCAAAAACUUCUUCCGCCCUACCAUAUUUUUUUUAGCUUGUCCCUUGCUUAUUGUACCUGUUUAGAUAAAUGUCUAAUUUUGUUAUUUUUCUAAAAAAAAAUUCUUGACAAAUCACUCCAUUCCCCUAUCUUUCUCCAUUCCUUUGAUUCCAGAAGAGAAUAUAUGAAAUGGUAAAAAGAAACAAAAACAAAAAAAAAAAGACAGAUACUUCCUGCAAAUUGUAGUAUCCCUUCAACUAACCCCUAAUUGUCAAAGCUUAUAAUAUUUUGCUGACCAUAGUCCAGAUAGCUGAAUAAAUAUUUUUGCUUUC